AUACCUCUUUUUUCCUGUACCACCAUCUUGACCUCGGACGCAAGGUAUGUGUCUGCGCGUCCGAACCCCCAUCUCUUCCAGUGAUGAUCCAAAUCAUACCAUACUUUACCACAUUCCGAAACAUGCUGUGGAAUACUUUAUCGAUUUCAGCCUUGUCUGAACUUUUUUUCCCGUCUCGUCGUCGUCGUCGUCGUAUUGGGCAAGCUCGAGCUGACGCGCGUGUAUUUCAGGUUUCCUCUCAACGUCCGUGGCUCGCGUUCCGGUUUCCACAUGGACUGGUAAGCUGUGUUGCUUCUAGGCAGCGGUAGUAGUGAACCGUGUUUAUAAAUGCCUGUACUUGUCCUUCAUUUCUACAUGGCUUGCGGCAAGGCAAUGUGCCGUACGUAUCGCCGUGCUGCCACCGACGCGCUCCUACGUCCCCGUCAUUGUGCACUGGCAUACCUCCUUCGGAUCGCUCACACAUGCGUCAUACGAUCAUACUGAGGAAAGAAAUAAAAUGUGCUCUCCACGAGCACUGUCCUGCCCUGCCCUGGACUGGCUGUUCCUUACAUCGUCGCUUCGUCUCGUGCGAGGAAUCGUCUCGCGGAUGCGUGCGUACUGUACAGCAAGUGAAAGCUUCUCGGCAGUUCGACAUCUCGCGUUGAUACACUUCAAGCACGGUACGGUACAUACAUACAUACAUCCACAGCAGCGUCGACGAAACAGCGCCAUUGCACCCAUUCACACGCGCAUCGCAUAUUGCAGAGCGAUCUCGCAAACGAAAUCUCAGGCGUGAAGGAAUACCGCCGGCGCCGCGAACUGGAUACUAAGAGAACGAGGAAUCAGCGAGCGGGCAGAUCCAGAAGCAAAGACGAUUAUGCCGCCGAUCGGAGAACUCCGACGGGAUGGCCAAUCCCGACGGAGCUUUCUGAGCGGCAGGGAGGGAGGGAGGGACAGAAACACUCAUCUUUAUCCGCGCGGGUCCCGGGCGUCGUCGUAAUUCAAAGCGCUGUGCAACAAGGGGGUCAGAACGGUCCGGAUGAGAGCAGAGGUAGGUAGGACGGUAUGAUCGACCCCCGGCACCGGUCCCAAGAAGCGGCAUCGAGAUGGCCAGUCUCUCCGCUCC